UGCCACCCGUGAUUCGUGUCUACCCUGAGACGCAGGCGCAGGAGCCUGGCGUGUCGGCGAGCCUCAGAUGUCACGCCGAAGGCAUCCCUAAUCCCCGAAUUACCUGGCUAAAGAACGGCAUUGAUAUCAUGCCAAAACUAUCCAAACAACUAACGCUCCUAGCAAAUGGGAGUGAACUUCAUAUCAGUAGCGUUCGGUAUGAAGACACGGGUGCCUACACCUGCAUCGCUAAAAAUGAAGUGGGAGUGGAUGAGGACAUAUCUUCGCUUUUCAUAGAAGAUUCAGCAAGAAAGACCCUUGCAAACAUACUGUGGCGAGAGGAAGGCCUGAGUGUUGGAAAUAUGUUCUAUGUCUUUUCUGAUGAUGGGAUCACGGUACUUCAGCCAAACGAAUGUGAAAUCCGGAGACACAUCAGGCCCGAAGAGAGGAUUUUCACAACUUACGAAGAGAUCUGUCCUAGAGUGGAAGGUGAAGACACUCAGUCUUGCCUCUGGGCUUCAGCGGUCAAUGUCAGAGACAAGUACAUUUACGUGACACAGCCUAAGCAGAACAGAGUAAUGAUAAUUGAUAUCCAGACUCAGAAAGCCGUGCAGUCCUUAGAUGUUGACCCAUUGCCAACCAAAUUGCAUUAUGACAAGUCCCACGACCAAGUGUGGGUGCUCAGCUGGGGUGACAUGUGGAGGUCCUCACCAACACUGCAGGUAAUACCAGAGGCGAGUGCAGGCGAGGAUCAGCGUGUCAUCCGCACACCGUUUGAAGGAGUGGAGGAUUUUUUUAUACCACCUACAAAUCUUAUUAUUAAUCACGUUAGGUUCGGCUUCAUCUUUAACAAAUCGAAAUCCGCAGUUCACAAAAUUGACCUGGAAACUGUGACCCACAUCAAGACUAUCAGCUUCAAAAACCAUAGCUGCCUACCACAGACCAUGGCUUACACCCACCUGGGCGGUUACUUCUUUGUCCAGUGCAGGAGGAACAGGUCGGUGGCUGCGCCGCCGCAGCUCGUUAUUGACAGCGUUACCGACGCCGUCGUCGGCCCCAACAGCGACGUGUCGGGCACACCUUACAUCUCACCGGAUGGACGCUACUUGGUCAGUGCAGAUGAAGACAGUGGCAGGAUCAAAGUCCAGGCUCUGACUGUUCGAGGGGAAAUCAAGUUGAUUUAUGACUUACAAACCAACCUACGCGUAUCUGAUCUGACAUUUCAGCCCUCUUUCACCGAAGGCAAUCAGUACUAUAUAUAUGCUACUUCACAUUUGCAAACAGAUGUGCUUUUUGUAGAGCUGUCAACGGGGAAAAUGAAUGUACUGAAGAAUUUAAAGGACCCUAUCACAUCCAAAGACUGGCCCUGGAGCAGCUACAACAGAAUUAUGAAAGACAGUGGAUUAUUUGGACAGUAUCUCAUUACACCAGCUAAAGAUUCAUUGUUUGUUAUAAAUGGGAGGCAGAACACGUUACGCUGUGAGGUGUCAGGUAUAAGGAGGGGUAACACAGUGGUCUGGGUUGGAGAGGUAUGAAAGGGCAAUAGCAGUAGAGCCUUUGGCAGGCGAGUACCGGUUGGACCUUUACGCUGCAACAAAUGAGCAGUAGCAUUGUAUAUUUUUACACUGGAGAAAAAAAAAA